AGAGACGAAGAAGAGGGAGGAGUAUGGUUCUGGAGAAGAAGAAGUAGGAAGUGUUGUAUCCAUUUAAUUUGCGACGACUCUCUUGACUCUUGGCUUUCUAAAUAUCAGGAUCCCCCCCAAAAGUCACCAUGAACCUGGAACGACUGCCCAAUGAGGAGAAACUUAGCCUAUGCAGAAAAUAUUAUUUAGGUGGCUUUGCAUUUCUCCCAUUCCUGUGGCUCGUCAACGUUGUUUGGUUUUUUCGGGAGGCUUUUGUUAAGCCAGCCUACACUGAACAGCUCCAGAUAAAAACCUAUGUGAAGCGUUCAGCGCUGGGGUUGCUGUUAUGGGUAGCAGUACUCACCACGUGGAUUACAAUUUUCCAGCACUUCCGAGCAGAAUGGGGGGAGGUGGGAGAUUACCUCUCCUUUACAAUUCCACUCGGCAUUCCUUGAGACAUUUUUUGAUGAUAGGUCUUGAAAGUAACUAUAAGGGGCCAAAGAAUAUUUCUUGAACUGUAGAUGAAGAUUUUGAUGGAUUUAUUGAUCUCUGGAGCUAAAUUCAAUGGCUGAAUAAUGCAUUAUCAGAGUAAUUCCCUAUGUCUUUAAAAGGUAAAUGCUGUAGGACUGGAAAACUCAAUUUUCAUGUUUUUUUUGUGCUUGACAAGGCAUUUGAGAAAGUUCUUUGGUCUUAGUGUAGGCUAAUUAAUCUUGUGUAGCAGACUAUGUUAACUGUCAUGUACAGUAUCUAACAGUAUCUCAUGACAAAGCUGGAUGUGCAGGCUAUAGGUUUGUUCAAAACAUUCAACUAAAGAUACAGCAAACUGUUUUUUUCCCCCUUGAUUUUAAAGAGUUGUAAAUGACACUGCUUUUCGUAAAAUGUUCAUCUUGGAUGUUAAAGUCUGUGUUUGAUUGUGUACCCAAAACUAUUUUUACUCUUGUAUGAAUGACAAAUAAAAAAACAACAUAAAGCUUCCAAA